AUGUUUGUCUGCUUGGGUAAUGAUGAUUAUCUUUAUAUUCAGCCUCUUGCUAAUGUAUUCAAUAUACAUCCAUCGCCAUCAACAGCCACUAAAACAAAUCAACAAUCAGGUUCUAUCGUAGAUACUGGUGAUCUAUUUUUAACGUUUACGACGACUGCACCAAUGCAUACUGUUAAUACUAAUAUGUUUGUUCAACCAACUCAACAAACACCUUUUGUUUAUCAACAGCAACCAAAUUCUUCUGGUUCGAUAUCUCUUACACCUAUUACUCCGCCAACAGCAACAAAUUCAUUUGAUGAUUUGUUUUCAUAG